UAUUGUAUGGUCUGUGUAUGUUUUUUCCCCCGCCCAACCCAUAUGGUGGGUCAGGACUCAAAAGACAACUCAAUUGGUGGGUCACGAAGCAAAAAAAAGUUUGGCAAACCCCGGCUCUGUCUAUCUCCAUGGCUUGCUGUUCACACGUGUAUCUGCCCUCUCAUUGGCUGGAAUGGUUCCACCCGAUGUCGCUUCCUCCCGCCUGCCUUCCAUCUUUGAGGACAUGUAUUUCCAUUGUUAGAGCGGUCACUUAACUAUCUUGUCAAUAUAGUACACAAUCUUUGGCUACCACUACAAAGGUCCCAUUGCAUUGUGGGUACAAUAGUCUAUCGCAUCCCAAGUGCGCAUGCUCCUUAGAAAACUCCAUUAUUUUUUGCACGGAAUCUGCAAGAAAAAAUAUGUAAACCGUGAAAUAGGGAUUAAAAGGUGCAUCAGCUACGCUAACUUUUUGCUUAACGUACACCGACCUGAUCGAACAGUGUCUGGAGAUAAGAACUGAAUAAUUUGGCGACACGAUCGGACAUCGGUGGGUCUUGGGACACUACAGAAUCAAACAUACAGUGGCCCUAGUGUGAGCUGCAGCGUUUUGGAGGGGCUGACUUCUGAAGUAGGGUCCGAAGACUUAGUUCUUGGAUAGUUCUGCAAGGCGUUUGGAGGGAGAUUGGCAGAGUCUGUUCUUCUCCGCUGACACCAUGGCCUUCAAACGGUGGAUACCAUAGCCAAUAUUAUCUUUGGCUUUUCAAAGAUGACAAGGUGCUGCAAGGCGGUUUUUACAAAAUGAUGGGAGGCAGUGAGAGUGGCAGUGGAGACACGGAUGGAGUCCAAACUGUGGCAAUACAAGUCCCCAUUGGCUGGCAGAGGAGGGUGGAGGACGCGCUUGUGGUGUAUGUCAGUCCAAGUGGCACAGUCCUGUCUUCACUGGAGGAGGUUAAGUCUUAUCUGUUGACCGAUGGCACAUGCAAGUGUGGCCUGGAAUGUCCGCUGGUCAUCCACAAGGUGUUUAACUUUAGCCUAGGGGUCAAAGUUCAGCAGCGCAGCCAGCUGGUGGGGAAGGCAGAGCAGGACAUGACAAAGCUCUGUAACCAUCGAAGGAAAGUGGUUGCCAUGGCAGCGCUCUGUCGCAGUAUGCAGGCUUCACAGCUGCCCUAUGUUUCCUGUCACACAGAGGUCACCAGUGCCAUGGAGAACCGAGAUCCAAAGAGGAUGGGAGUGGACAGAGAAGAAGAAGAACGUGGCACUUAUCCCUCUAAACACCAUCUAGUCCAGUCCAGGCCCAACAAUAAUCUCAACCACAACCCUUGUGGCAGUCCUAAAUAUUCCACCCAACUUGUGUAUUCUUACAAUGGUUCCUCACCCCUCUCACACGCUAGCACUAACUCUCAUCACUCUCCUGAGAUUCUGAAGAGACUGCCCCCUCCUGUCCAUUUCCCUCCCACCACCUCUCAAUUCUCCAGUUAUGGGGUACCUCAGAGGUCCCCAUACACCCCCACGCCUCAGAACUUCAGUCAGGGUCAGAGGACACCCCAGACUCCAGAAGCCCCCAGAUCUCCUCAUUUGGGGCCCCUCUCUCCCCUACCUCCCUCCUCCCCUGGGACACUGGGAAAGGGAGGGCAGAGCCACCCACAUGGUAUCAUCAUUGGGUCUCUCCUGUCCCCCUCAUGUUCCCCCUCUCCCCGCCAGCGCUCACGCCACCCCUCCGCCUCUUCCUCGCUUUCUGAACAGGGGGUGGGAGGGGUGGUGCUGGGCGGCUACCCCCCCAGAAGGAUAUCCUCUUCUUCCCCACACUCUCCUCUACCCGGGGGUUCCCCUAACCUCCAUUUCCCCAAAUACAAGCUCGAGGACAUCUUAGAGCAGUUCAGGAACUCAGGCAACGGUAGCACUAAUAAUCACAUCCUUAACCCAAACUCACUGAGCAACCAAAGCAAUCCUCAGAUCCUCUCUCUAGCUCUUGAAAAGGGUGAGAAGCCCACAAAGGCACCUGCUUCCGCCACCGGCUCAGGCUCAGGCAUGGGGAUCAGUGCUGGUCCUUCUGUGUUGCCUCUUGGACAGUUCUUGAACCACCAGAAGCAACCACACACAGCCUCGUUUCCUGCCAGUAGCCUCCUCUCGGCAGCAGCUAAGGCUCAGCUGGCCAGCCAGAUGGCCCACGACCACAGUUCCAAUUCAGCCAGCGUCCUCAGCUCGGCCACCUCUCUGGAGGUCUCGAAAGAGUCUCGGCAGUCAAAGGUAACAAACAGCACUUUACACAACAACAGCCAUCCCUCCAUCACUAGGCCCCUCCCUGCAGCCUCCCACCUGCUUCUCCACCCCUGCGCCACCCUCUCUCAGCCCCGAGCCUCGAGUCCCCUGCACCUCUCCCCUACAGACCGGACGUCCCACAGGAAGCGGCAGCGGCGUUCGCCCACGGUGCUCAGCAUGCUGAAGGACUCCCAGGUGAGCGGUCUCAGAACCCCCGGCGACGUGCUCAACCUCUCCGCCUUGCACUCUCAACCCUCUUCUACCUCAGGCUCGUCCCACUCUGCCACGUCAGAGAACCACCUCCAGGGUCUGAGGCUCUCAGUCCGGCACUCCUACCCGCUCACAGGCCCCCAGAAGCAGCCUGACGGCGCCCUGGACUUCACUACAAUCAUGGCAGGUCAACCGGAUCCCCCCACCCAGCCUCUCUCCGCUCUGCUUCACCUGCUCAGUAUGCAGAACGCCCAAGUCGCCGGAGCCCAGCCCGGCUCUGGACACGGUACAGGAAGCACGAUGCAGAGCCCCAGGCAGUCUCCCUCUCCCUCCCAUUUAAACAUUAGACCAUUCCCCAUGCAGUCCCCCUCUCACCCCUGUACCAUGCAAGGCCUGUCACAGCCCCUGUCUCCCUCUCAGUCAUUGUCCAGGCUUGGUAGUGCUAGUGCACAGUCUCCACAUUCGAAGGCCAGUCCCAAACAGAGACUGUCUCCUUCCACGGCCCUGUCCAACGCUCAGUCAGCACACCAUGGCAGUAGCCCCUCGCCCACCCCACACACCCCUGAUAGGCUACGACAGGCCCAAAACCAACCUAUGGAUGCCGCCACCACCACCAUACAGUCUCCCAUGUGCCAGGCAUUGCCUGACGUCAGUGCAUCAGUGGAGAUUGAGAGCAUAUCAACACUAGGCCCUGGUCUCAGCCUGGGUCAUCCUCCCAACAGCACCCCCACCUCCAACCAUAGCACCACCGUCACCAGCUGCAGCAGCACCACCUCCCCUAGACCCCUGGAUCUUAGUAACCACGUGCUGGCCCUGCUGGCAGCCUCCUCCACCACGCCUCUGGAGGAAGGGGGCCUGGACACAACCACCGGCAACGACACUGCAGGGGUGCAAGAGCCUGAGAGUGUUGAUCAUCGUAGCUCUACAGUGAGCAAACCCCCAGGAGGUUGCAGCCCCGGCCCCUGCAACACCCCUUCCCUAGGGGACACCUCCGGCUCCUUACCCUUGGCCGAAGCCUUCCCCUUCAUGAGCCAGGAGCAGCUCCUCCAGCUUCUGUCUGCCACAGCCGGCCUGCCCUCCCUCCUGGAUCCCACCAUCCUGGGCUCCCUGCCCCUGGGCCUGUGGCUGGGCGGUCAGCAGGGUCACCUCCCCACCUCUAACACCUCACAGCAACACCAUCAACUGCCCGAUCAUCAUCAACAACAAUCGGAACAUCAACAACUACUCUUACAGCAUGAACAACACCAAGAGCAACACCAGAAACAACAACAGACUGCCCAUCUGAACCACAACUUUCCGUUUAGCUUACUCCCCUCUCUAAUGGGAGGUCAAGGAGAGCUGCCUCUCAAUCUCCUGGGUCUGUUGAACCCACUUCUACCCCCCUCUGCCACCCUUACCCCAGGCCAGGAGGGUGAUCUGGGUAUAGGGGAGAAACUGGGCCUCCAGGCUCUCCUUAUGGCCUCCCUGCUACUUGGCCAACAGCAGGCUGCCAUGUUGCCCCUGUCUGGGCUGGGCCAGCUGAGCCUGGACCUCCCCCUGCAGCAGCAGCACAUCCCAGCCUUGUUGGAGGGUUUGCCUCUGGAUAAAGGCUCUGGACUCCUGGACCUGUCGUCCCUCCCCGGCCCUGGGCUCCUUGAGGCCCUCCAGGGCCUGCUUCCCCCAGCCGAGGGGCCCCUCCAGGCCCUGCAGUCGCUCCUGCUCCCCGCUCCUCUCCCUCCCCCAGGCUUCCUCUCCCUCAGCCCCACUCUGCUAACCGCUGCCCUGGGCUCUACUGACCUCCCGCCCACCCCUCAGCUCCCCCCACCCCAACAACCCCCACCUCAGGUCUCAGCUUCAGGCCCUGAUGGGGGGGUGGACACCCUCAUCCCCCUGUCUGUCCAGGGGAAGGACAACCCUGUUCUCCACCAGUUACUGCCCACUCUCCUCACCCCAGGCCUACUAGGAGACCUGUCUGCUCUGACUAGUUUCCACAGUCUGCUGGGGCUAGGUGCCGGCCCUCUCCUCCUCCCCCCUGUACAGACCUCUGCCCUGGGCAUGCCUCUACUCCAGGGCCCUGAUGGGGCCAUCAACCUCCUCAACAACAUCCAGCUCAACAUGGCGCCGCCCUCAGAGGGAGAAAAGCCCAUCUCCUUACAGGAAAAAGACAGCCCCGCCCCUCAGGAGGAUAUUCCAGCCAAUCGGCUUACCCCAGACGCUGCGCCCAGCCCCUGUCCCGUCCGUACCCCCGUGUCCCAGCGUGGUGAGGGCUCUGUGGGGAGCGUCCUGGACCCCUAUGCCUCCUUCAUGGACACCAUCUACACCUCUUUCCUCCAGGUCAGUGCUAAAGAGCAAGAAUCAGCUCAGACUGGGGCCGACGUCCUCUGUGCCUUACCCCCCUCCUACCCUGGGGAGCCCCCUGCCCCCCUGUCCCUGAGCCCUCGCCUGGCCUGCUCCCUGAGGAACCCGGAACUGUCCCGGCUCAACAUGGAAGCGGCCCACUCCCCAGCUCAGGGCACCCCCAAACCCAGCAACGACGGCUCGUCCACACCCCUGCAGAGCAAGCCAGGGGUCCCAGAGGGUCACACUAACCCCCCUCUGCCUCCCAUCUACCUUGAGGAAGCCAAGACCGAGUCGUACAGCCAGGCUGUCACAGAUAGGCAGGGGGACAGACCCCAGGCAGGGGGGUACCUGAGCCCCAGAGACGGGGGCAGCUGCCACAAGGAGGAGACUGUGGGUCUGCAGCACAUGGAGCAGGGCAGGAACCAAACUGCACAAACGGUAGGAGCCAGGAGGGGCAGGAAGAGAAAACAAACGCUACAGAAUGUGCUGGAGGAUUUCCGAGAUCUAGAUAAUCCAGAACUAGAGGAACCUAAACGCACGGCAGUGCUGCUGAAGCCUGAGAGGUCGGUCCGGGGCAGGAGGCGGCGGGGGGCCAGGUCCCAGAGACAGUGACUGUUUCCCCCUCACCGCCAACCCCAUCCCCUAUCACUGCUUUAUAUUCUCCUGGCUCCCCCACUGUUUUAACUGCACUACUAUAUCGUCAUGCCAACCUCUUACCUUUGACCAGGAGUGAUCUAGAUAAAAGAAAUAAAAUAAAAAACAUCAUUCUGUGGAUGCUUUCACUUAGGAGAAGACCCGUCUUAAGUCUGUGUGGUUGCUUGGCGUUAUUGAUUGAGAUCCGUUAUGAUGUAAGUGUUAGAUUUGUCUACAAGAAAACUGUACUGUUUCUCAGUGUGUUUACUGUGAGUCAGGAUAAGAGUAUCCGCUUGAAUGACCCACGUUUGCUCUCUGUUUGAGAUUGUAUGAUAUGUGUGGUUUGUGUAUGUUCCAAGAAUGUUUUUUCGAGAUGCUAGACGUUGUCCCUGACCACAGAUCUAGGAUCAGAUAACCUAACCCCAAAUCCUUAUGAGGAUACAAAAUAUAUCUAAUCCCGGACCUGAGUUGUGGGGCAACUUAUACCAACGCCUAGAGAUGCCUGCUAUUGCUGAGCCCUUUCACUGUGGUAGUCAUACAGUAUGUGUACCCGGAGAGAGAGAGACCAUGUAUCUGUGCCAGACAGUCUCAGGCUUCUCUGCAGACAGACACUACUACCCAACAUGUAGCCUAGGUGUGAAAACAAUGCAAUGGCAAAAGUAAUAAUUCCCAAUCAGGGGGUGUAUCACAAAGCAGGAUCAAUGAGUUAGCCAGCAAACUCUCCAGCCUAAAUAGUCCGAAGUCAUAUUUUCAAGUUCAUAAAAAAAAUGUGAAAUGGGCAUGACUUGACACUACUAACAACCCACAUUCAAGAUAAGCUUUCAGGGUAGGACACUUUUUUUCCUUCAGUUUUCUUCUAAAGAUGACACACCCAAAUCUAUCUGCAUGUAGCUCAGGCCCUGAAGCAAGGAUAUGCAUAUUAUUGAUACCAUUUGAAAGGGAACACUUUGAAGUUUGUGGG